AUGGCCACAAGGGUCUCACGUUUGCGCUGGACUGUACCACCAGCGGCCUUGGCUGCCUAUGGAACGGGGGAGUGGGCUCACCCUAAAAGGCACUUGCAGAAUGCCCACUUCACCAAUGCCUCGGUCCACCAGGAUUCCAAUUCUGACCCACGAAGCCCCUCUUCGACCCCGACUGGGAAAAAUGACGAGCAACACGGUGACCAGGCCUCAAUUUGGCUGAAUAUUGUUCACAAGUUCGAAAAUAUCAAGCACAACGUUCGCGAGCUAUCUUUGGCCCCUGGCUCGCUAGCCGACGACAUAUGGAAGGAGUCACAAGACCCUGAUAUCAACCCGGAAAUUUUGCAGGAUGCCAAGGUGCGGGUUAGCGAUAAGCUCUGCGCAGAGGAGCUGGAGUUCAGAAAACAACGACAAAAGCAUGCGGCGAAAGCGCUGGCUUCCUAUCUCGGCAUUCCGGUAGAGGAUAUUCACCCUGAUGAUGUGCCGGUCAUUGCCAUGUGUGGCUCGGGAGGUGGACUGCGUGCCUUGGUCGCGGGGACAGGUUCAUACCUAGCUGUGCAGGAGGAAGGCCUAUGGGAUUGCGUGACCUACACAGCCGGAGUCAGUGGGAGCUGUUGGCUCCAGACUCUGUAUCAUUCGUCAAUCACGGACCGCAGCUUCAAUAAGCUCGUUGACCACCUGAAAAGCCGUCUUGGCGUUCACAUUGCUUUCCCACCCACGGCAUUGGAUCUCCUUACUACCGCGCCGACCAACAAGUUUCUUCUCAGUGGCAUAGUGGAAAAAUUGAAAGGAGACCCUGGUGCGGACUUCGGGCUGGUGGAUAUCUACGGACUGUUACUCGCCGCUAGACUUCUAGUUCCGCGUGGUGAGCUUGGAGUCUCGGGUCUGGAUUUCAAAAUCUCUAACCAGAAGGAGAAUUUACUCAACGGAGAACACCCGCUCCCUAUCUAUACAGCUGUCCGACACGAAAUCCCAGGAAUUGUGGCGGCUGCCGAUGGCCUCAAGCCUAGGCCCGAGGACCUUAUGCGUGAAGCCGAAAAAGAGUCCUGGUUCCAGUGGUUCGAAUUCACUCCGUACGAGUUCUUCUGCGAGGAGCUCAAUGCCGGAAUUCCGACCUGGGCCCUAGGAAGACAUUUCAACGGCGGUAUUAAUGAGCUUCCUGAUAGGAACUACCCUAACCCGGAGCUCAGAGUUCCCGAAUUAAUGGGUGUCUGGGGCAGCGCCUUCUGCGCGACACUGUCGCACUACUACAAAGAGGUCCGACCCUUAGUCAAGAGCCUCGCUGGGUUCGGUGGCAUCGAUUCUCUGAUCCAGGGCAAAAACCAAGACCUUAUUCGAGUGCACCCUAUCGAUCCUGCUGCUAUUCCCAACUACUCUAUCUUUCACAGCAGUCAUUUGCGUCUGAUGGAUGCCGGUAUGAGCAAUAAUUUGCCCAUCUAUCCGCUUAUUCGUCCCGGUAGAGACGUCGAUGUGAUCGUUGCUUUCGACGCAUCCGCAGACAUCAAACAAGAGAACUGGCUCUCCGUUGUCGACGGGUACGCCCGACAACGUGGUAUCAAGGGCUGGCCAGUCGGUGCUGGAUGGCCUCAAGAGAAUUCGAGCCUAGAAGAGACCAAGCAAGCUCUCCACGAAUCACAGCACGCCUCGGAACAAAAAGCGAAUGAGAAAAUGGCGGAUGCUCAGAGUCACAGUCCCUCUCACUCAAAGAACUCCAACAAGGCGGCUGACUCGGAUUUGAGCUACUGCAAUGUCUGGGUUGGAACGAAAGAGGAACUAAUCAGCGAGAAAGAACCUCCCCCAUCGAAGCGCCUCUUCCAUCCCGAACAAACCGAAGAUCACACCGAUUCCGAAUUUCAUCUCAUGCAGCCGGAAGCCGGAAUUGCCGUCAUCUAUUUCCCUCUGAUCCCAAAUCCCGAGGCACCGGAUCUCCCCCCUGUUCAGAAGACACGCCCCCUGUCUGCUGUGGAAUCCAUUAAGCAGAAGCAGAAUGAACCCAACGCCAAGGACCCUGAACUACCUCUGGCCCCCCCAUCCGAACUCAAUUGA